AUGUCUAAGAUAAGUAGGAAGAAAGCGAUUGUUGUCGGAGCCGGUGCCGGUGGCAUCGCGACAGCAGCCCGGUUAGCGAAAGCCGGGUUUUCUGUAACUGUACUAGAGAAGAACUCGUUCACCGGCGGGAGGUGCAGCCUGAUAUUCCAUGAGGGACAUCGCUUCGACCAGGGACCGUCCCUCUUACUGCUUCCUAAGCUCUUCCAAGAGGCGUUCCGUGACCUAGACACGUCACUCGAGGCCGAGGAUGUAGAGCUACUUCGUUGCCCAACCAACUACAAAGUAUGGUUCGCGGAUGGCGAGAGCUUCGAAUUGUCAACGGACCUCGCGCGCAUGAAGACCCAGAUCGAGCGCUGGGAGGGUAAAGAUGGAUUCUAUAGGUACCUGGACUGGCUGCGCGAGGCUCACCAGCACUACGAGCUUAGUGUUAGUGAGGUGUUGCAUAGGAACUUCACAAGUUUCUGGAAUUUGAUAGUCCCGCACUUUGUGCUCACGGGAUUGAAGCUGCACCCUCUGCAUAGAGUCUGGGGCCGCGCGCGUAAGUACUUCUGGUCCGAGAGGCUAAGGCGCGUCUUCACGUUCGCGACUAUGUAUAUGGGAAUGUCACCCUUUGAUGCCCCAGCCACGUACUCGCUGCUCCAGUAUACAGAACUUGCUGAGGGUAUCUGGUACCCGCGCGGAGGCUUCCAUGCCGUACUAGCGGCUCUUGUGAGGGUUGGCGAGAGGUUGGGAGUUGAGUAUCGACUUAACACGCCUGUCCAGCAAGUCCUUGUGAGUCCUGACGGGAAAACGGCGCGAGGGGUACAAUUGGAAACGGGCGAGGUUCUGGAGGCGGAUAUAGUUGUCGUAAAUGCGGAUCUUGUCUACGCUUACUCGAAUUUAUUCCCACAGACACCAAGCAUGCAGAGCUACGGCAAGUCUUUGAGAAAGAAGGACGGCUCGUGCAGCUCGAUAUCGUUCUAUUGGAGCCUAGACCGGGUCGUCCCGGAACUUCAAACACAUAAUAUCUUCCUCGCGGACGAGUACCGGGAAUCUUUCGACGCCAUCUUUGACCGGCAGUCGUUACCAAAAGAACCAAGCUUUUAUGUCAAUGUACCUAGUCGGAUCGACGCCAGCGCAGCUCCCAAGGAUCGGGACUCGGUAGUUGUGCUCGUCCCCGUCGGUCAUCUACCAGAGUCGAAAGGCUUCGCGGAACCAAAGAGCGCGGGCUUGCCACGAGAUCAGGACUGGGAAGCACUAGUAGACAGAGCGCGGCGGGCCGUCCUAUCGACGGUAUCCGCACGUACGGGAUGCGAGUCUCUUGAUAAGUUCAUCACGCACGAGAUCGUCAAUGACCCAGCCGCGUGGGAAGACAUGUUCAACCUAGACAAGGGAUCGAUCCUAGGUCUAGGCCACGGAUUCUUCAACGUGCUAGCGUUCCGACCUGGUACACGUGCCAAGGGCCUGGCAAAUGCGUACUUCGUAGGUGCCAGCACGCACCCCGGCACUGGAGUCCCGAUCGCGUUGGCCGGCGCUAAGAUCACGGCUGAGCAGAUUCUAGAUGACUUCCGGGUGAGGGUACCGUGGCGUGGAAAUGCGGCCAUGGAUAUGGAUAAGGAUCGGGGUGUUCUACAGAACGAGAAGACGAAUCCACUGGAUAGGAUACAGCCAGGAAGUAUACAGUUCUCGGUAGUACAGAUGGUCUUGUAUUUCUAUGUUAUGGCGUCGAUGGUGUGGAUAUUGUGGUAUUGGUAUCCUAUAAAGGGGGUCUUAACACCAUCGGGUGUAUAA